CUUCCAUUAUUGAAGGAUGACCGAGGACGCGACCAUUCAUAUGAGCAUGAGCAAGUGGAGAUCAAAUGGAUUAAUUCACAAUGGACCCAUUUGACAGCUGUGAUUCUCGGGAAGGAGCUUCAAAGACUGCGGCUACGAAUUCACAAACACCGGAGCCGUGGUCCCGGUUCUCCGCUUGGCUCGAGUGCGUGUGCGUCGUUACCUUCGACCUCGAGCUCGGGCAAGCCAUAGAGCUCGUUUACCCACAUGAUGUCAAGCUCACGGAGAAGGAGAAAACAAGCAUCUGUUAUUUAUCCUUCCCUGAUUCAUACUCAGGAUGCCUUGGAGACACUCAGUUUAGCUUCAGACUGCGGCAUUCGGUGGGCCGCAGGGGCUCUUGGUUUGGACAGGAAGAUGCAUACAACCGGGCCGCACCUGUGACUUUGCAGAAGGAGCAUGCACAUUUCCAUGGGUAUGUCUAUUUCAGACAAGUGAAAGAUGCGUCUGUCAAAAGAGGCUACUUUCAGAAGUCGUUGGUGGUGGUGUCCAGACUGCCGUUUGUGGAGUUGUUCCACUCUUUGCUGCAGGUCAUCGCCCCCGAGUACUUUGAAAAACUUGAACCCUGUUUAGAGACUGUCUGCAAUGAGAUUGAUCAGUGGCCUGCACCAGUACCAGGGCAAACACUUAACUUACCUGUGAUGGGUGUGGUGAUGCAGGUCACAAUUCCCUCAAACGUUGAAACACCAGCAGGAAGCCUCUCUAAACAGACACAACAAGAGAAUCUGCUCCCUGCCCCCAUGAUUCUUCCAUCAGUUCACGAGCUGGACCUUUUCAAAUGUUUCCAGUCAGUCCUGAUUCACGUGCAGAUGCUCUGGGAGCUGAUGUUGCUAGGAGAGCCAGUGGUUGUCAUGGCACCCUCUCCAACUGGCUCCUCGGAGACUGUGCUGGCCCUGGUCAGCUCCAUCGCCCCGAUGCGGUACUGUGGUGAUUACAGACCCUACUUCACCAUUCAUGACAGUGAAUUCAAGGAGUAUACCACCAGAACUCAGGCUCCUCCUAACGUGAUACUGGGUGUCACAAACCCUUUCUUCAUAAAGACUUUUCAGUGCUGGCCACACAUCAUUCGCCUCGGAGACUUGAAGAUAUCUGGUGAUUUGCCAAAGCAGUUGAAGAUCAAGAAAUUGGCUAAGUUGAAAACGUUGGAUACAAAACCAGGUAUAUACACAGCAUACAAGACUUUCCUACAGAAAGACAAAGCCCUCAUCAAACGAAUCUUAAAGGGUAUCCAGAAAAAAAGACCAUCAGAGGUGCAGAGCUCCAUAUUGAGGCGGCAUCUGUUGGAUCAGACGCAGAGUUUCAUUUUUCCACUGGAGCAGUACUUGUCCAGUCUCAUGCCCCCGCAGAGAACUGUGUCUCCAUGGAAGACUCCUCCACAAAUCCGACCCUUCAGUCAAGAGGAAUUUAUUAAGACUUUGGACCAAGGAGGGCCUCAUCUUACCUCAGUGCUCAAAGGAGAUUGGAUGGGACUGUACAGGAGGUUCUUCCGUUCUCCAAACUUUGACGGCUGGUAUCGUCUCAGGCACAGAGAGAUGACUCAGAAAGUGGAAUGUCUCCAUUUAGAGGCCAUCUGUGCAGCUGAUCUGUUGGCUUGGACCAGAGACAAAUCGGAAGUAGAAAUUGUUGACCUCAUCCUGAAGCUGAGAGAGAAACUGGCAAAAGCUCGAAGGCACCAGCUUCCAGUCAAAGAAGAACAACUGGAGAGAUUAGAGCAGUCCAUUCAGACCAUCAUCAGCUCCCUGCCAGAAGAUCUACAGACAGUAUUACACAGACAAUCACAGUCAGAACCACAUGAACACUGACAUAUACACAGGCUCUCUGUGCCACAACGCUAAUAUUUCAGAAUACCAGCUAUCAAUGAACCCCUGACACCUGCACAGGUAUAAACCAACAACUAUUUUACCAGUAAAACACACACACUACCUGAGAGGCCUUUCAUUAUAGAUAUACAGGAGAGAAUUUACAGGCGAUGCUGCUAGACAGCACUAGACAACACAUGAAGAACACGGGAAGACUGCAGUUCAUAGAUUGCAAUAAUUUUAUGUUCUCAUCUGUAAGUGUGAUUUUAGGGUUUUUAAAAAUGAUUUAUUAAAUAUCAAAGCUUUUAGUUCUGUAAUAGUGGUAUUAUUCUGGGGUCAAGGACACUCACAGCAUCACUUUUGGUUACAGUUUUUGACACAGUACCUCUAACCUCAGCACAGAAUCACCUCGUGCACGUUGUUGUUUGGCCGAUUUUUAUGGAGUUCUUAUAUGAGAUAAGGAUUUUAUGUAAUUCAGGGCUGGAUUAUUGAAUACAGAUCAGUCCAUAUUGAAAUUCAUUUUUAAUUCAGAAGCCUAAUUGAUAGUAUAAAUCCAGGAUUUUUGAAUUGAGGCUAGCAUAAUGUCUGCAUGGUUUCAAGAGAGAUUUAGUCACAUGAAAGAGUUGGGUGAUGUGUUUCAUAAUGUAAUCGCAACAAAUGUGGAGCUGGUUAAGUUUAUACUUAAAAAACAGUACCAUUAUGUGUAAGGUACUUAAAUCUGUAUAAACUGUAUUGGGCACAAAUGAAUGCUUUUUGGUUCCUGUCUGGGUUUUUUGUGCUUUUAAGGAUUUAUUUAUUUAUUUUUUGGGGGGGGGGUUGUUAUUUUCUUAAGCAGGCUGAAAUUAAACUAUUGCUACAGAUCCACUUUUACACACAAUUUCAUUUUGAAAGGGCUUUAUUUUGUUUUCAUAGUCGUGUUUUAUAUUAAAGUCUGUUUAAACAGACCAGCAAGACAUCUUAUGUGGUAAAGACAUUUGACCUACAGUGCUUAUUGAAGUCAUGUCUGAAGAAAUGGACGCAUCUCUGUUUUUAGGAAGAAUCAAGUGCACAAAAUCUUUUUUUUAAUGACAAAAGUUUCCUUUGCCAUUUUGUUUUGUGCCUAGUAAGAGCUGACUUUUCCUAAUUUAUCAUUUUAAUAUUACAAGGGUUUAAAAUGUUAGUAUUAGACAAUGGCAAAUUCUGUUGUGCAUACAAUGUAUGGAAAUAAAACUUGUUG